GAGAGAGAGAGAGAGAGAGUCGGGUGGGGAGAGAAUAAAGCCAAUAAAAACAUCGGUCUUUAUUUAACACGAUGGAUACAAUCAGUUAGAUGGAUCUCCGCAAGCACCAACACCACCGUCAUUUUCCUCCGCAUCUCCUCCCCUCCCUUCUCGCCCGAUCCCAGCCCCCGUAUCAAUACGCCAUACCGAUUUUUAUAACCACCGUUACCUCCGCAACGGCUUCUUCUUCUUCUUCUUCCUUAACUACCCUCUCCGGCGCCGCCUUGCGACCGGAAUGCCGGUGGAGCGAUGAACAAUUCUGAGCAGGAGGAGGAGUUUUAUGAGUCGCUCGAUCGGAUUCUCUCGUCAUCAUGCUCCUCCACCUCCGCCUCCGACGACGACGCCCACCCCUGCCGCCGCCGCCGCCAUCUCCCGCGAUUUCCGCCGCCAUCCUCUGUUUCCCUGGACGUCUGGAUCUCCGAGCCCGCCUCCAUCGAGGAGCGCCGCCAGCGGCUCUUCCAGCAGCUGGGCCUCGCCGGAGAUCCCGCCCUUGCCCGCCGCAAGGCGCCCGCUGCCGACGGCCCCCCCGGCGAGGCGAGGACCCGAACAGGGGUCGUCGGGAGAUCCGUGUCCUGUGACGGCCUCCGUCCCCGCCCCGCUUCUGCUUCCUCCGCCGCCGCCGCCAUCGGACGAUCUAGAUCCGCGGGCUCCGUGGAUCCCAGCCAUGUAUAUGAUCAUCAGCAGCAGUUACAUCAGCGGUCUUUGCCGGUCUCCGGAAAGCCACCUCUCGUCGGGAGAACCCGGCCGUCGUCGGUUGGGAAUCUCGACGGCGAUGAGGAUCCGAGGUGCUUGAUCAGGAAUCUUGACAACGGGAGCGAGUUUGUGGUGAAGGAGUUUCGGGAGGAUGGGAUGUGGAAUAAGCUGAGGGAGGUUGGGACCGGCCGGCAGCUCACGAUAGAGGAGUUUGAGAUGUGCGUCGGCCUCUCUCCCAUAGUCCAAGAGUUCAUGAGGCGGCAAAAGGUGGUGGGCAGCAGCCCACCUGGUGGCGCUGGGUCCACGGGCGGGAUGACGUUGAAGAAGAGAGGGAGCUGGCUCAGAAGCAUCAAGAACGCUGCGGGCUCCGUGGUGGCUGGAUGCCACCACCGUGACCGGCAGAGCAGCAAUGACACGGACACAUUAUCGGAGAAAGGAGAGAGAAGGUGGAGCUCGCACUCUGUCCACCACGGCCCCGAGCGGACCAAGGUCCGGCAGUAUGGAAAAUCCCACAAGGAGCUCACGGGUCUGUUCAUGAGUCAGGAGAUUCAAGCCCAUAAUGGGUCAAUCUGGACCAUCAAGUUCAGCUUGGAUGGGCGAUACCUGGCGAGUGCAGGGGAGGACUGUGUCAUUCAUGUGUGGGAGGUGACCGAGUACGAGAGUAAGGGGGAAUUGCUGGAGGAUAAUGGGAAUUGCAACCCUUUUGUUUCUUCGAUUAUUAACGGAUCGCCAGAACCAACAUUGUCACUGGCUUGCGUGGAGGGGCACCACUGGGAGAAGAAAAGGAGAGAAAAGGUCCCCGGUAUCAGCAAGUCUGUGAGUUCGGACCAUCUGAUGGUGCCCGAUCAUUUGUUUGCGCUGUCGGAGAAGCCUGUCUGCUCUUUCAGAGGGCACCAGGAUGACGUUCUCAAUCUCUCAUGGUCGAAAUCACAGUAUCUGCUUUCAUCGUCAAUGGACAAAACAGUUCGACUAUGGCACAUGUCUAGCUAUUCCUGUUUGAAAACAUUCUCACACAGUGACUAUGUCACUUGCAUCCAGUUCAAUCCUGUAGAUGACAGAUAUUUCAUUAGUGGAUCCCUAGAUGAGAAAGUUCGCAUAUGGAGUAUUCCUGAUCGUGAAAUAGUUGACUGGAAUGAUUUGCAUGAAAUGGUCACUGCUGCAUGCUAUACUCCUGACGGACAGGGUGCGCUUAUUGGUUCACAUAAGGGGAGUUGCCACUUGUAUGACACAUCCGAUAAUAAACUCAUUCAAAAAUGUCAAAUUGACUUGCAAAACAAGAAAAAGAAAUCCAGUCACAAGAAAAUCACUGGUUUCCAGUUCACCCCAGGGAGGUCCUCAACAGUGCUGAUUACAUCUGCAGAUUCACGAAUCCGGGUAAUUGAUGGUGUUGAAUUGGUUCACAAAUUCAAAGGUUUCCGCAACAGAAGCAGCCAAAUUUCAGCCUGUGUGACUACGAAUGGAAAGUAUGUGAUCUGUGCUAGUGAGGACUCACACGUGUAUGUGUGGAACUAUGAUGAUGAUUCUCGACCUAGUAGAAGCAAAGCUAUUGUCGCAGUCACAGAAUCUUAUGAGCAUUUCCAUUGCCGGGAUGUGACAGCUGCUGUUCCUUGGCCAAACACCAUCAUGGGAGGGAAGCUAGGAAUGCGAUGUAAUGGACCGGAUGGAGUCUCCAAUGCCCAUUCCCAGAUGCUGGAAGAGGCGGAUGGGCACCAGCAUUCACCGUUGCCUGCUUAUCGGUAUAUAGAUACAAACACCGCUAACUAUGGUGACAAGGUUUCUGCUACCUGGCCUGAAGAGCUCAUGGCAGCAAGCAAACAACGCCUGCAUGGUAGUGGUGAGAUUUUCAGUGGGGGCAUGCCCGGGCAGAGCAGGGCAGCCUGGGGAUUAGUUAUUGUGACUGCACAUCGCAGGGGUGAAAUCAGAACAUUUCAGAAUUUUGGCUUUUCAGUUCGGGUAUAAAGUCCUCCAUUGCUGCGAGAAAAUUGUUGGGGCUCUUUGCUGGGGAUGGAUUCAAUUGUCCCAUACUGCCGCAGUGAUGUUCCCAACUUGAUGCUGCCGUAAUUUUGUGUUAUGGUUAGGUGGAUAUGAGGUGCGGUUUGUAAUAUUCACAGAGGUUUAUUUUGCUGCUCCCUUGAUCUUUUGCUGGGUCGAUUUGUGAGAGAACCCAUCCAGCCAUACUUCUCGCUGAUUCAGCAGUUACCCACCCUCUUUAAUCCCCAAAUGUACAUUGAACUGAAAGUUAAAGGGAUGAUGCUGCUGGCUGGUUGGACCUCAAGUGAUUCUUUUUGCCAUUCUUUUUA